AUGAACAAAAAUAUUGCGUAUAAUUUCGUAUUAAUAUUUAUAAUAAUAAAAUAUGUUCAAUCUCAAGACAAUGAUCCUGAUCAACCAUCUGAAGAUAAUGAAGAUGACUAUAAUUUUGAUGUUUCAGAUCUAGAUGAAAUCAUUGAGGAAGAAACUGCUGUACUUAUCAAUCCUCAAUACCAACCACAAUAUCAACAAUUACAAGAAUCUCAAUAUCCAACCCAACUUCAGACUCAACCCCAACAUUAUGAUCUUUAUCAAGGAGAAUCACAAGGAUAUCAACCUGAAUUAUUAGGAUAUCAGCCAGAACUUUUACCGUACCAACAUGAAUCAUUACAAUAUCAACCAGAAUCAUCGUGUUAUCAAACAGAGUUAUUAGAAUAUGAUCCUUAUAAGCAAUACCAAGUUCAGACACAAGAACAACAAUUAGAAGAACCUCAACAUCAUUAUUACGGACCACCACUUACUCAAACGGUUACCCAAACUCAAAGUCAAGAACCUGAACAAUAUUAUGGAACUGCACCUAUAAUUCAACCCCAACAAUAUCCAGAAUAUCAACCAGAAUCGUCAGGAUAUCAACCUGAAUCACAAGGAUAUCAACCUGAAUCAUCAGAAUAUUAUUUGGAGCAGCAGUAUUACCCAGGAUAUCAGCAACAACAGCAACAAUAUCAAACUGAUACUUAUGGGUAUUAUCAACCUCCAGCACCUACUCAACAAAUAACUCAACAACAAGAACAGUAUUAUAUAACACCACCACAUCAACCAUCCUAUCAAGAACAGUAUUACGAACCUCCAGUAACUCAACCUACUCAACAACCAAGUUAUCAAAAUUACUACCCUGGGUAUCCUCCACAUCAACCAUCCUAUCAAGAACAGUAUUACGAACCUCCAGUAACUCAACCUGCUCAACAACAACAGUAUUACGGGCCUCCUACUACUUUACCCCAACGCACUCAACCAGAUCAGUAUUAUGUACCACCACCUCAGCAAACAACGGUACAGCCAUCAAGUCAACCAAGGUAUCAGUAUUAUCGGCCUAAUCAACCAAUAGAGGAACGUGAAACUGAAACGGGUCAUGAAACUACUCAAAAAUCAACUAAGCGACAAAAUAAACAAAGAAAAAGAACUAGAGCUACAAGUGGAGAUCAAACUGAGAAAAAAGAUGGUGAAGAAUCUGUUAAACGAAUAAGGCCGUUAGUUAAAAAAUAUGAUAUCAAAUUUUAUAAAAGAAAUUAUCUGGGAAAGCUUGUAGAAAUGAUUGUUUGUGAGUAUGUUAUUACAUAUACUGAUACACAUAAGACAAAAUAUAACUUUUAUGCAGAUCUCCAACAGAUAGAAUGUGGCGGGGAAAUAGUCUACGUACAUACAAAUGGAAGACCUUAUUGUUCAUCAUUAACUCAUAGUAAAAGAACAGAAAUAAUUGUCAUGACAAACAGUGAUGGAUUUACAAUAAUUAAUAAAGUUGACGGAGAGUGGACAAGAACUGAUGCUAAUAUUCCAGAUUAUGUCAAAUUCUACAAACGGGAUUCUGGAGGGAAUGAAAUUUUAAUAACCAAUAAUGAAUAUAAUAUUGAUUUUACUUCACUUCGAUCCUUUAGAUACACAUUCCUCCCAGGUGUAAGAUGUCAUAAAGUACAAGUUGGUAAUCUAGUUCCGUGGAAGAAAACUGAAGAUGAUGAUAAUUUUCCUGAGUUAAUUUAUGUAUCACCAAAAUUGACUGUUAUACUUAAGUUUUAUAAAUAUACUAAAGUCUUCGAAAAAAGGGGUAACAUGUAUCAAUAUUUACGCACUAAUAAAAAUUUAAUAAAAGCCAAAUAUACCUAA